GAUGAUGGGAGCUAUAGAUCUUCGAAGAGGGCUCGAGCCUCUGUUCCACCGAGAGGCAAUGGCGGUGAUCCUGAUGGAAACCCAAGUUCUCCAGGAACACACAGCCUGAUGUCUCAAUGACUGAUCAAACAGAUGAUUAUCAAGACGAGGAUGAGAAUGAGGAUGAAGCAGAGUUUGAGAUGUAUCGUAUCCAAGGAAGUCUGAGGGAAUGGGUUAUGAGGGACGAAGUGCGUCGUUUCAUUGCUAAGAAGUUCCAAGACUCCUUGCUCACUUUUGUCAAACCUAACAGUGAGAAUGGAGAAUAUGUUCGUCUGAUUAAUGAAAUGGUCUCAGCUAAUAAGUGCAGUCUAGAAAUAGAUUACAAAGAAUUCAUACACGUACACCCGAAUAUUGCCAUUUGGUUAGCGGAUGCUCCACAACCUGUGCUUGAAGUCAUGGAGGAUGUUUCAGAAAGGGUCAUCUUUGAUCUGCAUCCAAACUACAAGAAUAUUCACCAGAACACUACAAAAAAACACGCUGAUACUAAGGGAUUUUUUCCUCGGUAUUUCGUCGGAAUAAGCGUAUUCCGACGAAAUAUCGAGGAAAACGUCCCUCGAAAAAAUCUCCUCGAAAUUUCAUUUUCCCUCGAAAUGUCCUCGAAAAUUUGUGACGGAAUUUCGAGGAAACAUAAUUCCGAGGAUAUUUAGAGGACUGUCCUUCGUCGAAGAGGUCCUCGGUAUAUAUUGAGGAACAAUUCCCUCGGUAUAUACCGAGGAUUAUACCGAGGGAAAACACCUACGAAAGUUUUCGAGGAAACAGUU